CGUCUCAGAUUAUACAGAGGAUAUUUGUUUAGUUCAGUGUAAGAUCGGGAUAUAUUGAACCCAAGUGGCUGAUGCUACAAAUGAAAUAUGAUAAUUUUCAUAUCACAAGAUGAAAAUAAAUCCUGUAUUUACAGAUAAAACUUGAAUUUUCUGUUUAUUUAUACUUUUAAUCAUUUUAGACAUGACAAAUUGAUAAACUUCAACUUAAAUGUUGUGUAUUGGCUGAAUUUAGAGAAAGCUAGCCAGAUAAGACACCAGUUGAAAUACAGAAAACAUGUUUCAUUGCAGUGAAAAUUACUUUCAGUGAAAAUGCAGUAAAUAAAAUUACACAUAUAUUUCAUCAUUAUUUCUCAAUAUUUCAUUUAUAAGUAUACGAUAAAUUUCGAUCUUGCACUAAACUAAUCAAAUUUUCUUUUUAUUAUAUGCUAAGAAAUGUUUAAAAAGACAUUUUAACCUAAUACUAAAUGAAAAGCACGACAAUUAAUAAUACAAAGAGAUGUCAUUUACCAUGUCACAUCAUUGAGUACUGUGCACGCUGGUAUUUGACUGAAUAAAUAUAACAGGAUUGAAAAAUAUCAAAUUGAUAAUUUGUGAAAUACCAGUUUUUAGCUCAACUAUUCGAAUAAUAUGGAGAGCUAUUGCAUUCGCUUUGGCGUCUGUGUUGGUUAAAGUUUUUUGUAAAGUCAAAUAUCUAAAUUAUUGCUUGAGAUAUUCAAUUGAAAGUUACAAUACUUAUUUAUGGUGAAAAUGUAAAUCAGAUUGACAAGUUGGAUAACUUUGCCUACAAUAUUUACAGAAUUAUGCCCUUUUUAUAAAUUUUAAACUUAAAAAUUUUGGUUAAAGGAAAAAGGUCUUGAGAACUAUCAAAGAUAUUUAUUUGAAACUUUACACAUGUACUUAGGGUCAUAAUUGAAGGUCACAUCUCAAGAUCCAUUACUCUGCCAUGUGUUUUGACUGAAUUAUGCUCCCUUUUGUACUAAAAAAAUCUCCUUUUUUUGGUUAAAUUUUACAUGCAAGUUUUGCAUAUCUCUGCAACUAUUAAAGAUACAAACUUGAAACAUGAUCACUGAACAGCACUCAUAUCUGUGUCAUGUAUUUAGACUGAUUUAUCUCACCCUAUUUUACUUAAGCAUUCCUUCCUAUUGUUAAGCAUAUAUCAAAUAAUAUUGCAUACAACUUCCCAAUAUCUAUGAAAGAGGAAUUAUAUGAAGCAUCUUAGAAUAAUUAAUAAUGUUUCUCAUCAAUCAUGCAUGAAAUAGAAAAUUUAAAAAUAAAUAAAAUUAUAACAUUUUAGCUUACCAAAGAAAUGACAAACAGACUGACUAUGAUAGACACAUUGUCUAACAUAGAGGUAAUAAAUAGAUACAGAUUGGACAAAGAAGGGAUUAAUUAUUUAGAAAGAAUUUUGCAAAACAAGAUUACUCCCCUGGCAAGAAGGAAUAAUAGCCUGUCUGUGAGAGACAAAAUUUUGAUUACUUUAAGAUAUUUGGCUACGGGACCGAUUCAGCUAAACGAUGCUGAUAUUCAUGGGGUUAGUCAACCAACUGUAAGCAGAGUCAUCAAUGAAGUAAUAUCUGCAUUAAGCAGUCCAGACAUUGUUAGUAGUUUUAUUCAGUUUCCAAUAGAUCCAGAUCAACUGAGGAAAAAUCAACAGGAAUUUUAUGGUUUGGCAAGGUUUCCUAAAGUAGUUGGAGUUAUAGACUGCAUUCAUGUAAGAGUAAGGGCACCUUCAAUGAAUGAGGAGCAGUAUGUGAACAGAAAGGGUUUUCAUUCCCUUAAUGUGCAGCUUGUCUUUGACCCUUUUGACCGCAUCAUAGAUGUUGUGUCAAAAUGGCCUGGUUCUGUACACGACAGUAGAAUUCUGCAGCAAAGUGGUCUCUUCACUAUAUUUGAAGGUGGACAUAUGCCUGCUGGACAAUACUACCUUCUAGGAGACUCAGGCUACCCAUCUAAGAGAUGGCUUCUUACACCUUUUCUUAAUCCACAGCCUGGUAGUGAAAGUUCAUAUAACAGAAGUCAUAAAAUUACAAGAGCCAAGGUCGAACGUGGUAUAGGACAGUUGAAGAGGAGAUUCAGUGUGUUGCAUGGAGAAAUUGCAUUUUCACCUGAAAAAGUUUGCAAGGUAGUCCUUGCAUGUGCUGUGUGUCACAAUAUCUGUAAGAAGCUAAACAUCCAGAUGCCAUCACAAGAUGAUACAAAUGAUGAUAAUGAUGAUGACACUUCCCCUCAAGAUUUUACAUGUAAUGGGAACAAUGCUGCUUUUCUCAAUGGUUUGAGAUUCAGGGAUUAUGUAGUACAGACAUACUUUUAAACUUCUGUCUUGUGUGUUUACAUUCUGGACACUGGCACUUAAUGCAGGAAAUUGAUGUCAUGCUUCGUUUGGUUGUUGUAUGUAGUGGAACCUCUAACAAUUCAUUACUGUCAGUAAAGUUGUCAGGAAACACAAAUUCU